GGCUCUCCCUGGCCUGCGGCGUCCGUCAGGCUUCCUCCGACUGCAUUUUGGACUCCUCUGCUGCCCUUAUUUCUGGCAGCUGGACAAGAACGCAAAGCCCUCCUCCUCCUCUCCCCGAGCAGCAGUGUCCUUGUAAGGCCCAGCCGGAGGUCGCCGGUGACAGCAGCAAGGGAGCGAAGGAGAAAAACGAGCCGGAAAGGGGCGAACACGCCAGGCAGAGGAGAAUGAAAGCCCUUCUGGCUUCCCGCGUGGGGUCCCUUCGGUUUUUCUCCUCGUCUUCCAGCCAUCGAUUGAAGAACAGAGUCCCAGAACACCAAAAGCUCUUUCAGGAGGACAACGGCCUGCCGGUGCAUUUGAAAGGAGGUAUGUCGGACGCCCUCCUCUACCGCUUCACCAUGGCCCUCGCCGUCUUUGGAUCUGCACUCGCUGUCUUCGAACUCUUCCGAGCCGCUAUGCCCAGAAAAAACAAGUGAGAAUGAAGUUCGGGGUGUGUGUGAGAGACCUGGAAGAACACACCCUCCCCUCGCAUGCAUGCAUGGGAUUCGUGUCUCAUUUUUAGGGAACAUUGUACAGCAGAGACCGAGCCUACUUUGAGGGACAAAACAUUACCCGAUCUGUAGAUUUUGGGAGGAAACUCUUCUUAAAAUCAGUACAAGAGUGUAAAGUCUGUUUGUGAACAGAAAAAAUAUAAUUAAAGAGCUUCACCUGA